AUGGUAUGGCUAAUCGAUUUUGUUCGGUGGAUGAUACCCAAGAUGCACCUUGAUGGUCAUAAUACUGAUUGCCACAUACGGUUUUCGCUCAAUUACCUCAAGGGAGCAGCAUGGAUGCAUGGGGAGGGAAUCGAGCAAUCAUGGGCAGAGUCGAAGCAGUCUGGUGGAAGUACAAGGCAGAUGAAUCAUGGUCAUAGGCACGAUACCAUCAAUGAUCUUCAUAAUUUCUGGAACUGGCGCAAGGGUGUGAACAUGGCAACUUAUCUUACGGACAAAUACUUGGAGUCCGUGAAACUUCGAGAUGAUGCGAUUGAGCACUAUAUAGGUCUGUCACAACUCCGAGGAAAUCACAAUGUCAAUCACUGGAGUAAGGAAAGUGAUGAACCAAAAAAGGAGGGGGACCAUUGGACCAGUGUGUACCAUAUCCAAACACGACGCUUGCCUUCUCGUGAGAAUGUUUAUAUGAACAUGCUCAAUCUAGAACAAGACAAAUCAACAGCAAAAGGCGAACUAUUUAGUGACGCAUCUGACGAGAUCAAGUUUGUUCUAAGUGGUAUACGGAUACAAGAACGACAGCGUCAGUUACAGGCAUCUAUCAAACAGGCAUCAACAGACUCGGAAAUAUCAACAAUAAAGCGAAGUAAAACUGUCCUCGCCACCGACAUUCGCAACUGGAGGAAGAUUCAACUCCAAACAAUGCCGCAAGUGGAGUACUUUGUAUCUGCACAACUGGAUCACAACAACAAUGUUUCCAUCGAAACCCAAUGCCUCUAUCUUCCAUCAGAUUUCAGUCAACAAGAACGAACAAAGCUCUCUCUGGAUUUUCUAUCAUCCAUCGAACUGGAACUUCGCGAAGGUGAAUGUAACGAUGCUAUCGUGGGCCUUUGUGAUGCCAUCAAUUACAAGAUGGUAAUGCGGGAUAAUCAAUGCGCUAACUCACGUGGAGUUAUUCAAAAUACCAGGUCAGUUAAAUGGCUGAAAAGCGCUGAAGCCAAAAAACAGGUGUACGCCUCCCAUUACCAGGCUUCACGGUCGGCAAUCCUUAGCCUUCUUGGCAUAGAUGAAUCACCCGAUUAUCCUGUCCUCAAAGAUGAGGACAUGUACACCAAAAAUCCAACGGUGGCUCGUGAGUUAGGAGAUGGGAAGCGAGUUGAUGCAUGGAUCUGGCGGUACGGGCAGCUGAAGGGUUUGGGUACGCAAGCAAAGGCUGAGUUCUUGAUUGACACUGAACGAGUACAAUGGUUCCGGGCCAAAGCGGACAUGGAAAGGUUAGUUGAGGAAGUGGAGCUGCUGGAGGAAGAAUUUCGGUGCCUUACAAGGGCCUGUCAGGCCAUGUCGUCCUACUGGUCCAAACUAUCUCUCGGUCCUCCCGACUCAGCCUUCUCCAGAUAUCAGCUCUCCAAGAGUGUAACUGGGAUCACUGAUGCACGCAACCCUUACCGUGUGUACGCUUCACACAAGGCAGCCCUGUUUGCAAGUAUGGCCAAGGAUGCCGAGCAGAAGCUCCUUAAGGCUGCUGGCCCUGAAUGCUGGCCAAGUGAUAACGAGAAGCUGAAUGAUUAUUUCAGAGCUAGGCAACCGGUAAUUACUAUAGACACGUAUGAUAGUGACUAG